AAAGUGACAAAAUAUACAGACUAAAUAUACAAAGGGAAAUUAAGUCAAAUGCAGUUUUGACAGAAGAAAGAUCUAUGUAAGCAUUAAUAAAUUGAUUGUGUAAUUAAAAGUUUUGCAGUCUUGGCACCAAUGUACUGGAUAGUCUUUCUGUGGAAAUAGUGGUAAUACAAGAAAACUCGCUGAAACAUAGAUUGCUUUUAUAAAAGUGAUUAUAUGAUGUCUUUGACUAAAAUAGCAGAGAUGGACUUGACAUUUUUCUGUGUUUAUUGUUCAAAGAAGAAUAUUAGUUGAAAUUGGUAAUUUUACUAAUAAAAAACAAGUUGUAGCUUGAAGCUUGCUAAAGCAAUUACAUUUAAAAGGAGAAAACCACCUACUAUCUAUUAUCAAUUGCAGAAUUUUGUGAAAGGUUUAAAUUUCUUUUAGAAGUGUUACUUUACAUGAUGCCAAAUAAACUGUGAAAUUCAAUCACUUUUUUUUAAAGUUCAUUCAAAUACAGGAAACUUACUGUACUGAAACAACUCUGCUUUUGAAGAUUAAUCCUUUUGAGGAACAGGCUUUUAAGUUCAUAAGAAAAGGGUAUUCUAUAGAAUUCUGACACACUUUAUGAUUUAUGGAUCUUUAUGAUUUAUGGAGUUGGGUUUAUGAGGCCAUACAUUAUCAGAAUAAAUGGUGGUCUUGUUCUUCUGUAUUUCCUAGUUCCUCAGGCUUAGAAUGGAAAGAGUGAAUACGUGAGAUUGUCGGGCCAUGGGAAAGAGAAGAUGCGUGCUCCAAGGGUGCCAGUGCUGGCAGCAAGAUCAAUGGAUCUCUUCUAUUCCAGGAGACCUGGAGGUCUAUUUGUGAUUGGAGUAACCUGACUAGAUAAAGUAUAGAUCAGUCUGCUUAUGAAAGUACCUCCCGUGAAGAAGACUGCCUGAUGGCUUAGUUUCCUCUGAAUGAAUCAUGUUAACAGAUAAACCUUUCCAUGAAAUUAAAAACCAAACCCAGUAUUUUUCUGGUUUCUGGGUUUCCUUGGAAAUUUUUAUCCCCUUCUUUGUCAAUUCAGUUUCAGGAACAGAUUGAAGAAACCAUGGCCAAUCAACGGGAUUACAUUAGCAGACCUAUUUGCAAUGGAAUUUCUGUUCCUGAAAAUAAAAUCAGUUCCUUAGUGGCUGAAGGUCAUGGACAACAAAUUCUAAAAGUACUACAAAAGUUCAGAGAACAAAAUAUAUUUUUUGACUUUAAAAUUCUUGUGAAAGAUGAAAUAAUUCCUUGUCAUCGUUGUGUACUGGCAGCGUGCAGUGAUUUUUUCAGAGCCAUGUUUGAAGUUAAUAUGAAAGAACGAGAUGAUGGCAAUGUUACUAUUAGUAAUCUAUCACCCAAGGCAGUGAAAGCCUUUCUUGAUUAUGCUUACACAGGAAAAACAGAGAUAACAAAUGAUAAUGUGGAAAUGCUCUUCCAACUAUCAUCAUUUCUUCAGGUUUCACUCCUUUCCAAAGCUUGCAGUGACUUUCUAAUAAAAAGUACUGAUCUUGUGAAUUGCUUACAGUUGCUUUCUCUAUCAGAAAGUUAUGGUUCCGUCCGCUUAUUUGAUCAUGCACUAGAUUUUGUACAGCACCACUUUUCCUUGCUGCUUAGAUCAAGUGAUUUUUUGGAGAUGAAUUUUGAGAUUCUACAAAAAUGUCUCGAGGCUGAUGAACUAAAUGUCCCAGAGGAAGAAUCAGUAUUGAAAGCUGUCCUUCAGUGGACCAAACACAACAUUGAAACACGACAGAAAUAUCUGCCUAAUCUGAUUAAAAAAGUGAGACUGCACCAGUUACCUGAAAAGACUUUGCAGGACUUUCUACACUCUGAAGAACACUUACUUAAGAGUGCUAAUUGCUCAGUAAUAAUCAGUGAUGCAGUUAAAAGUGUGCAAAACUUUAGCGGACUGUUUCCAGAUGCACGUCCUUCAACAACAGAAAAAUACAUAUUUGUUCAUAAAACUGAUGAAGAUGGAGAAAACAGACAUACAUUCUGCUACAACAUCAAAACAGAUAAGUGGAAAGAACUACCGCAUACUCACAUGAUUGACCUUCCAGGGUCAAGCUUAUCUAGUUACGGAGAAAAAAUAUUUAUAACUGGAGGAUGCAAAGGGAAUUGUUAUAGGACUGUCAGGCUUCAUAUUGCUGAACCAUUUCAUGAUGCCACUGACCAAACCUGGUGCUACUGCCCAGUCAGUAAUGAGUUCUCCAUAGUGUCAGCUAUGAAAAAACCAAGGACAAUGCACACAUCUGUUGUAACCUUAAAUCAGCUGUUUGUAAUAGGUGGAAAGACCAGGGGAGCUCAAGAAACCCGAAGCCUUUUGGAUGUAGAAUCAUAUAACCCUCUUUCCAAAGACUGGAAAUCUGUAAGCCAGUUACCAAGAGGUAUCUACUAUCCAGAAGCAAGCGCAUGUCAGAAUGUCAUUUACGUCCUUGGCUCAGAAGUAGAGAUUACUGAUGCCUUCAAUCCAUCUCUUGACUGUUUCUUUAAGUAUAAUGCUAUGACUGAUCAGUGGUCUGAGCUUGUAGCAGAAUUUGGGCAGUUUUUCCAUGCAACUCUAAUCAAAGCCGUUCCAGUAAACUGUACAUUGUACAUAUGUGAUCUCUCCACCUACAAGGUCUACAGCUUUUGCCCAGAAACCUGUGUUUGGAAAGGGGAAGGAUCUUUUGAAUGUGCUGGCUUUAAUGCAGGAGCAGUUGGGACAGAAGACAAAAUUUACAUAUUAGGUGGUGAUUAUGCUCCAGAAGAAAUCACAGAUGAAGUUCAAGUCUACCAUAGUAGUAGGUCUGAGUGGGAAGAAGUUUCACCAAUGCCAAGAGCCUUAACUGAGUUUUACUGUCAGGUCAUUCAGUUUAAUAAAUACAGGGACCCCUGGUCAUCAGUAUUAACAAUUUGCUCUGGAGAAUUUUGAAACUCCUGAGUCAAAAGAAUCUAUUUAAAUGGACAAGUUUUAGAACAGAUUUUUAGGUAUUAAUUUACAGAUGGAAAAAUAUGUACUAUUUUAUUUCAAUCUUCAGUUUAAAGUGUAUGCUGUAGAAUUGCUUUUGGAAGAGUCCAUUGUCAUUCAUGCUAGUCAAUAUAUAGAAAGUAUUAAUUUUAUAUGCAAGUCUUCCCUGUAAUUAUCUGAAUAAUUUGCAAAAUUAUAUUACUUUUCAAAAAAGCAUAGUCAUGAGGAAUUCAUUCUGUAAUAUGUACCAUUAUUUCUGUAAUAUUCACAGUUGUCCCAGUAGACAAAUUGCUGAGUGAGAAAACUGACUGUGAUACUGUUUUCCCUAUGUAACUGAAGUAUAAAAGAAAUUUACAUUAGUGGUGUUUUAGUUAGAGGUUUUAUAUUCAUGAAUAUAUUCAUAUUCAGGAAGUCAUUGUCAGCUUUAUCUUAUUAGAAUGGCCUUAGCAAGGUCAAGAGCCAAAGUGACCUUCACAGCAUUAAACCCAGGUAUCUAACUUGAAGAGACUGAUAAUUCCUGUCAUUUUACUUCAGCUCUUCGGUUUUACCACUUUUUCUCCAUCCUUGUGCCUUAGUAGUAGCUGUAGUUUCUGUUUUCAUCUCAUCAAGUGUGGCGAGAUAAACUUUGAUAACAUACUGCACAGUGAGCAAGAUUUCUACAGGAUGGAUGAUUCAUGUGGUAUCUUUGCUUCAGUCAUGCUGUUAAGUAAAGAAAAAACACUUCAGGAUAUUUUCUAACAGCAGUCUUCCAUCUCUGAAGUCCCCAGUGCUAGCUACUAAGCAGCCACUAUGCUGCUUACAGCAGCAAGCUGUAUCUAAACUUCAGUUGGUUGCUUUGGUUACCUAUGGGAAAAGUUUGUAUCUUGUGAUACGUCAAAUACAAAGUUACCAAAGAAAAAUCCCCAUAUUUAAAGACAAAGUAAAUAGUAUUUCUGAGGUGAAAUAGUUCUUUUUUUUUUUUUUUUUUUUUAAAUUCAUUUUUAACUUCUAUAGUGGUUGAAUCAAAAUAUUUUAUCUUGUACUCCAUGGCAAAUUUAAGUGUUAAAAUAAUAGUUGGUAAACACUACACAAUAUAUUGCUUGAUAAACCUUCAGUACUCAUCUAUUAUAGUGUUAAAAUAGUAAUGGACUUUUAGGAUUAAUAUUAGUGUAGGCAUACAGUGUGAAGUAAAUUUGCAUACAGAGUGGGACCUCUGUCUGACAGGAGGACACUGAAAUUAGCUAGGUUUCUUCAAUUCAUCUGUAAUCUCCACAGCCUGAGAAUUUUCUUUCUUACCAGCUAUUUGAAUAAGAUAUUGGGAGCCAUUAUAUUUCAUAUAAGUACUGUUUAAGCAGUAAGGUAAUCUUAUUCCAACAGAGUAGUUCUAAAUAUCUAAGCAUAUCUUUUCCAAGCAGUUUAAAAAUUAACAAAAUCUAGUGAGGCAUCUAAAACAUCUUUCAUGCGGUUUGAGAUGACCAUGGUAAAUUCAUCAUCACAUCACUGCUUCAUGUACUUUUUGCAAAACUCAAGCUCAAUAUUAAUGCUUAAAGCUCUAUACUGCCUAGCAAUAUACCUCUGUUUUAAAAGGUAAACAACGGAAAGUUCCAGUUCUGUGAUAGAUUAUAAUUUAUUAUCAGAUAAAUUUAGAAAACGUUCACUGUAAAUAUUUUUGUAAGGAUGAAAAUGAAAAGGAUGCACAUUUGGAGAACAUAUUAAUAGAGUCCUCCCACUCAAUAAUUUAUUUGUAUUAAGAUAUGUGUCAGUUCUAUAGAAAAGAAUAGCUUGUUGUUACAGUAUUUCAGGCAACUUCCACAUUUAUUUUCCUCUUUUCAUAGUGAAUUUCCAAAUCAUAACUACAGUUAGCCAAGUAACCUUUACAAUCACCAUACUGAAAUGCAAUUUUUAUUUUUUUUUUAUAUUGGAGCACAACUACUUUUUGUUACUACAAAGAAAAUGUAUUGAAUAGUAUAGGAGAGAUGGAGAAUAUGCUGAAACAGUAGGAGAAAAACAGACCUACAGGAAAAUGGUUUCAGCAUUAAUAAAGCUACUCAAAGCAGCAGAAACUUCAUUAACUAUUAAUUAUUGCAACAUGUCACUUCAUUGCAGUACAAGGCCGAAUUCUUUGCUUGUGUUUUUGUGUUGUUUUUAGACCUGAGUAGUAGGAGUAUACAAUUUAUGCAAUAGUAACAUGUUGUGCCCAUAGCACAGGGGUAUAAAUAGCUAUGCAAGUUGGAGAGGCAAGAGAAUUGACGUUUUUUUAAUUGCCAUUAUCAUGACCAAAUUGCUGGGCCACAUAAACAACAAAUCAGUCAGAAAUUCAGGUGAUGCUCUUUCCAGUAAGUUUUUCCUUAGAGCUAUUUUUUUUUUCUGGCAGUCUUCCAGCUACAGUUGCUAUGUAUAGAAGCCUCUGGCACAUGACAUCAGACAGAUUUAUGACGUAUGUGGUAAAUUACUCAUUAUUUGUAUAUAUAGUGAAAAAUAAAUGAAGCUUACUUUGGAAAAUAGGCAUGCUUCUUUAAUAUCCUAUGCUAUAUUUGCACAGGAACUAAAGUCAGUUCCCAGUUUGACAAAUUGUUCAUGGAUUUCAAAUGGAGUUGACCUCUCUUACUUAGUAAUCAGGAAAUAACGCUGUAGUGUCAGUCACUUUAUACAGUUGCUUACAGAAAAGUUACUGUGAAAUAGUACUAAUUUUCUUCAGUUACGUAGGUAAGCCUGUAUUACAACUCUCCCAGAGGAAAAAAAGGUCAUUUUGCCACAAUUCUACAUAGAGUUAAAUCUCAUAGCAGUACAGAAUGCAGAAGAAGCUGUGUUAGAAAGUCAUGUUUAAAAACAAGGCUUUGUGAUAGAAUUAAGGGCCUAUGUUCCAAAUUCUGUGAUUAAUUGCUAAUGAUGUGAGAAAUCUCAGCAAAGUCAACUACACUACUCAGAAGAAUAUGGAUUACUUGCAAUAGGUAACUGCUAUAAGUCUGGAUCAGAUAGAUUUUCCAGUCUACACAGGUGUUAUGCAGUUUCAAAAAUGUCACAAAAUUAGUGCAAAGCAAGUUUUUCUACAUCUUUUUUGACUUUUCAGAGCUCACAUUAUUUUAUGAAAAGGUAUCUUCCUCUAAAAAUAGUCCAGGACUAGGUUAAUGAUUACCUAUAUUCUCACUGAAAUAUAGUUAGAUGUUUAAAACAUACAAAUUGCAUGCAAAGUUAUAAUCCACUAUUUGCACUUAAAUGAUGUAACCAAAACAUUUCUAAUAGUAUUCUAUGUCACAGGACACAUUAUAAGCAUGACCAGUAUAAUAUACAUGAAGAUAAUAUAUACUGUAUGUGGUAUUUUAAUAUCCAGUAAUGAUUAUAUUGGAUAAUCUUAAUUUUUAAAGAAUGCUAUGAAAUUAUGGCACUUUGGUAAUGUUAUCACACUGGUUUAGUUGUUACAAUAAAUAUCAAUUAUUCAGGUGUUUAUACUGAUUAUGUUUGCACAGACCUGAUACUCUAUUAUUUAUUAAUGUAUUUAUUUUCUAUAUUCUAAAUACAUCUGUAGUAGUAAAUCAGUUUACUGCAGUUAAAAAUUCAUUAUAUUCACAAAAUGGAGUAGAUUUACUGGGUCAGGUUUAUUUCUGGUAUUACUCCAUGAAGAAAGCUGUAUAUCUCCUCUGAUUAGUAGUAGAUAGUAGGAAAGAUAGAGGCUAUAGAAUGUGCUGUAUGCAAGUUCAUAAUGUGGAGUCUAAUUUUAGAUGUUUCUGUCUGUAGGUGACCAACAGGAGGCAGCAUAUGAUCUAUUUUAAUUAAAACAGGCUGAAACUGGGGAUGUAUUUGACUAUAGCAGAACAUUAUGCUCAAUUUACAUUUUUUCCCUUUUAACAACCAAUAAAGUGUAGAGAUCAGUAACAUGUUGCUGCUGCCCGGGCUCUGCUGAUAUGUGGAAAGUACAAUGCUACAUGUUUGCCGAGAUGUUCAUUCUUUUGUGAAAUAAAAGCACUGAAGCAACUGA